GAAUGCCUGCCGCCGUCUUGGUUUGCAGGGCCAGUGUCGGCAAAUAUGGACAUCGCUGCGUCCGAACGAUGACAAGGCGCUUGAGUUUGCAGAGCUGGCUCCAACAGAAGCUGCUCACGUGGAGGAGUUUGCAGAGCUCAUAUGGGAAGCAUCUGGCUACGAUUUGGACAAGGCCUGGCGUUUGUUCGAUUACGACCAGAAGAACAAGUUGACGAAGGCAGACUUCGUCCAAAGUGCGCAGCACUUGGGGUUCGGAGGCAAUGCCGAGAUGCUCUUCAAAGGCCUGGAUGCCACAGGACUAGGUUGGAUUUGGCGUGAUGACUUCGACUACAUUCCAAAGGUGUCGAGGGUCGCCCGGCAAAGGCUGCAUGGUUCUGAAGGUCCGCUUGCCACUCUGGUAUGCUUCGCGCAGAGGGAGAUGGGAGGUGCUGAGGAGCUGAUUGCAAAGCUGGGUCUUGGUGGUGCUCGAUCUGAGGUCACUGUGUGCGACCUAGCUGCUCGCCUGACGGCUUUAGGCUUUGAUGGAGAUGCCCAGCGUGCAGCCGUGCAUGCUGCCAAGUGCGACAGUGGCAGCGGGACUAGCGUCUCUGCGGAGAAGUUGUACAAAAUCCUGCACGUGCAAAAGAGGGAGAAGCCAUGUAUUGCAGACCGAGGUGAGGCUGCAUUGUCUCCAAAUGUGUACAUACGAAGGCGUUCAUCCACCCCAGGUGCGAAAGCAAAGGCGGCUACAAAGAAGAAGCCAGCAACCCCAGCGUCAGCGCCUCCUCCCUGGAACAACAGCGUACAAGACCUCAAUGUCUCGAACAAGCUCCAUCCGAACUUGAGAUUCUAUUUUUCCGACUUUGAUCCGGAGCACAGAGAAAAGAAGGAGGUCGUUCGUAAUGCAAUGAAGGAAGCAGCAAAGACAUCCUCCAAGUUUAUGCCGCCAGCUAGGACCUCCCACAUGAGCACCAGAUCCUCCUUUAUGCGGCAGGCUAUGAAGCCUGACUGGAUCACAUCCAUACCGGCAGAAAGCGAGAACACGCCUAAGCCGUGCAGGAGAUAUUUCCAGACCAGCGAGCACAAGCCCGUGAGAGAUGAAGUGCAAGACUUGCUGCGGAUGAGGGCGACGCACACCCCUGGUAUCCAGGAUGUGACGCGUGGAGGCAACGUAACUCAAUUUGCGGCUUCUCCAGCUCGACCAGCAUUUCGACGCGCACAGUCGGUACCGGUUUGA